AUCAUGAUGAAGCUUUGAAUUUGAAGCCUAGCAAUCGAUGAUCACGCCCAUACAAUCCACAGUCGUUUUUUCUCCACCAGCUACCGGCCUUUUUCACAGAUUCCGAGUCAGAAGUCACACUGGGACUUCGUUUUUUUUCAUCAGAAUGAGUCCUUUGGAGACAUCAUGUUAGAUACGCCGCACAGACUCGACCCUUUCAAGAACCGAGGAACACCCCGGAAUGGGAGCGAAGCGCUUGCAUGAAUAAUCCUUGAAGAAAAGCGCCCUCCCUUUAGCUACCCUCAACCAUGGCGACGUGGAACGUUGUGGGCGACAUUGCGAAUGUCGGCGGUCUUGCUUCAAUAGUUCAACUAUCUCUGCAAGUUAUCUUUGCGGUCAAUAGUUAUGCUUCUUCCGUUGCAGGGGCAGAAGCUGCACGUAUGAGCCUUCAUAACGAACUCCUCUCCCUCAAUACAACUCUCAGCGAAAUAUAUAUCCUCCUUCAGCAGUCGAAUACUGCACUAUCAACACAAGCAAACGACUUGUCCCCUUUGGAGAGCGCAUUAAAGGAGUGCGAGAAGGUCUUGCAAGGCCUUCGUGAGCGUAUACCAGAGAACAAGCGUCAAACAUGGAUCGGUUCAAGACUAGCGUGGCCAUUUCAGCAAGUCGAUAUAAUGAAGGCUGUGGAUACAUUGGAACGUUGCAAAAAUACCCUUUCGCUGACGAUCGCUAGUGGUAUCUUGUCACAUGUUGCAGAGAUAACGGCUACAACCAAAGAGAUCCAGCUGGAUAUAAAGGAUGAGGCAGAAAAUAUCAAGCAGGAAAUUAGCAGGAAAACCAGCGAGGUCAAGCAAAAGAUCGGAGAUGAUGCAUUGGCGAUCAGAGAGGACGUUACAGCUGCGAAACUGGCAAUCACUAACAGGUUCGAUUACGGCAUCGCCUACAUCACGUCCGCACAGGUAAUGGCCAUGAAAAGGCAUGAAGAACAGAAGAUGGAAAAGUUGACUAUACAAGCACAGAGCCAAGAACGAAAGGACUUGCUACAGUGGUUGGAUGGGUUCAACUGCACGAUCAGGCAUGAAGAGGUUUCCGCUCAACGGGAAGCAAACACGUGCACCUGGGUGUUCGGAAUGAAAGUUUUCCGUCAAUGGAAGACACCGCCAACAGUGCAACGUGGUAAAUUACUAUGGAUCAAUGGCAAACCUGGAGCAGGGAAAACUGUCAUUGUUUCUGCCAUCAUCAACGAGCUCGUGGCUUGUGGCGAGACACCGGUGUAUUUCUACUGUGACUUUCGUCAUGAAAGAACCACAGACGGAGCUAUCGUUCUACGCUCCCUUCUUGCUCAGUUACUGAGACAAACACCUGUUGAUUGGAACUCAGAAUUUAACGACCUCUUUCGUAGGAAAUCAGAAGGGGCUGAAGCUCCGGUUGACAUUGCGGUCUUGUGUGACCUCAUCUGUCGCUCUUUGAAAUUUCUUGAACGACCCGUCGCAAUAAUUGACGCCCUCGAUGAAUGCAAGGGCGUUAGUACAAUCCUCACACGGCUGGUUCGCACAGUGAACGAGGGCGAUUUGCGACUUCUAAUCACCAGUAGGACGGAGCCGGCCAUUUCCAGUGCUCUAUCCGGCUUACCAUCGUUGUCGUUAAGCGACUAUACCUGCUCAAUCAAUGACGACAUGGAACUUCACAUCGACAGAGCGCUGGAGGCUCGUUCGAGGCUUGCAUCUCUCCCACCGGAUCUGAAAGAUGAGAUACGAAGCUCGCUCUUGCAGCAAGCUGACGGGAUGUUCCGUUGGGUCGAGUGCCAGCUGGAUGCUAUCAGCGCUUGCCGAUCCGUUAAGGGGAUAUCGGACUCGCUCAAGAGUCUCCCGAAAGGCCUUUAUGAGACAUAUGACAGAAUUCUACAGGCAAUCGAAGAAGCUGGGCCCGAUCGCAGGUCUAUCGUUGAGCGGACGUUGAUGUGGCUAGUCGCUUCUCUAGAGCCGCUCAACCUGUAUCAGCUUGUUGAGGCUUUGAGUAUAGAGAUCGGAAGUACAACACUGAACCAAAACCUCAGCGUUAUGUCCCCGACCGAUCUCUUGGAAAUAUGUAGCUUUCUGGUGAGCUUUGAUGAGAAAACCUGUGUUGUGACUUUGUCGCAUUACAGUGUGCGGGAAUACUUGAUGGCAGGCGAAAAUGCACAGAAGUACCGCCAUUUACUCGAAGAUGCCCACCGACAUAUUGUCCAAUAUUGCGCGCAAUAUUUGGUCAGCGAUGAUGUCCUCAAUUCCAGCAACAGUUCUAUGCUGCGGUAUGCCCUUGAUCUCGGGCUCGGGGCGCAUAUAUCCUCUAUCAUCAGCGAGGAAGACUCUAUACUUUCUUGUCUGGAGAAUCUCCCAAGACAGAUAUGCAUUCGACAUCCUUGGAAUGACCAAGUAGCUCUUGUCAACCCCUGGCAGAUUUGGCUUGCCGAUCCCAAAAGUAUCUGUGACAUUCUGGUCCGUUUUGGGCCUGAGUGGAUGAUUCAACGAUAUCUGCGAAAGCAUCGGGAGCAUUGGAAUAACGUGCUGCAAUUCGCAAUCUUGGAGGGAUAUACACAACUCGCCAAUAUUGUCUUGGAUGUCGGAAGAGACCCUAAUUUACCCAUCACAAUUGGCUUCAAGACUACAAGCCCUACGAUGUUUGCUAUCCAACACAGUCCACAGGAACUCGUUGAAUGUUUCCUUCGUAGAGGCGCUCAUCUCCCGGUUGACGUUAUCCAUACUGCGCUCGAGGAACGGCAGGAUAUUAACUCUGACAUCCUUUCAUUGCUCAUUCAACACGGGGCGAAUGUUCAUGUAACACACGUCCAUUUUAAAGACAGUCCUCUUCACACACUCCUUCGCAUAGAUGCUCGGAGCCAGGAAGUGUACCUGGAGGCUUCACGCGUCCUUGUUGAUGCAGGGUGCGAAUUCGAUACUCAGGACCAAGAGGGACGGAAACCUCUUGACAUUGCCAUCAUCAAAUCAUUCCACGCAGUCGCGCAAUACCUCCUCCAAAAGGGUGCUAUCGUCUCGGCGGAUACUAUUUGCAAAUACCUUGAGAACGAGAGUUUUGACUUUACCCUCAUGUCUACGCUCUUACAGCAUGGCGUGGAUGUGAAUGUGCAAAGUAGCGGAGCUAACCCCCUCCAUAUUCUCUUUGGUUACAAAGAAUGGACCGACGACUGGCUCGAGUUAGCAGACCCAUUGCUCAAAGCAGGCUGCCCAAUCGAUGUUGAAGAUGAUGAAGGAUAUACGCCACUGUGCCUGGCUAUCAGAUACGGGUCGUCCACAUUAUUGACGCAUCUUAUUGCAUAUGGUGCUCAUAUCCCUCUGGACGCAAUCCAUGAUCACUUGGAGGCCUAUUGGGUUGACCGUUCAGUUAUCCAUACCCUUAUCCAACAUGGAGCGGAUGUGAAUGCGGUGCGCAAUGGAACUUAUGUCCUCCAUGCCCUGGUGGCCCACGAGAAUUGGAGAGAUGACUGGCUCAGGACAGCACAAUUACUUAUUGAAGAAGGAUGCUCAAUUGAUGCCGAAGACGAAGAAGGUCAGACGCCUCUUCACCUGGCCAUUAGAUGCGGAUCAUUGCCAUUGGUCAAAAAUCUCGCUGGAAAAGGCGCCUGCAUAUCGGCGUACGCAAUCCACGAUUACCUUGAGAAUGAUUGGGUUGACGAUGUCAUCAUUUCCACCCUCAUUCAGCAUGGUGUUGAUGUGAAUGUGCGACGCAAUGAACGCAAUUCCCUUCAUUCUCUGCUCCAUCAUCAGCACUGGAAAGAAGAAUGGCUCAAGGCAGCGCGUAUACUCGUUGAAGCGGGAGCAUCAUUGGAAGCUGUGGAUGAAGCAAGUCAUACGCCGAUGCAGCUGGCCAUAAUGCAGGGGUCAGCCACCUUAGUGAAAUACUUAUCAGGAAAAGGUGCUCGUGUUCAUGCGGACACUGUUUACGACAACUUCGAGAAGGGCUUGAUCGACACUGCCAUGGCUUCUGUACUUGUCCAGUGUGAGGUAGACGUCGGGCAUGAUGGUGGCAAUUUACUCCAUGCCCUGACUAGACGUCUAGAUAUGCAACACAACUGCAUCGAGAUAGCGGUACUCCUGAUUGACGUGGGGUGCUCAUUGGAUGCUACCGACAAUGCCGGAAACACUCCCCUUCUUCUUGCUAUUAAACAGCAAUCAUCGUCUUUUAUGCAGUAUCUAAUAGGAAGGGGUGCCCGCAUUCCUACGGAUGCUAUCUAUGUUGCAAUUCAAUCCACUCAAAUUGACCUGGAUAUCAUUUCGGUGCUCAUUCAGCAUGGCGCACACAUCAAUGACAUGCAUCUGGGUGCCAACCCUCUCCACACUCUCCUCACUCGUUGGGAUUGGGGAGGUGAUUGUCUCGAGACAGUUCUAGUCCUUGUCGAAGCGGGGUGCAGCUUGGACGCCACAGAUCAAAAAGGGAACACGCCCCUCCAUCUUGCCAUCAGACGUCAGUCACUCCCUUUAGUCGAGUAUCUUAUCAACAAAGGGGCUUGUAUUCCAGCAGAUGCCAUGCACGAUGCGGUUAAUCCUCCUCACAAUUCUGGGAUCGACUUGAAUCCUGACGUUGCUUCUGCUCUCAUUGUUCGUGGCGCAGAUGUGAAUGCAUUACGCUGUGGUGCCAACCCACUUCAUACAUUGCUUCGUCGCCCGCAAAGAAGCGACUGUCUUGCAAUAGUUCGCAUUCUUAUCGAUGCAGGAUGUGAAUUUGACAGACGCGAUUCGACUGGGUAUACGCCACUUUGCCUUGCUAUAAUCCACGAAAUGCCCUCGGUGGCUGAAUACCUCCUCCUGAAAGGUGCUUUACUGCACACAGAUUCCAUUGGCAUCGUCAUCAAAGAUAACGACGUGAGCCCCGAUAUUAUUCAAAACCUUCUCCAGCACGUUGCGGAUGCGGAUGCGUCCAGUCAACUGCUCAUGCUAUCAUUGGGCCAUCGUUCAUCAUCCCAGUUGUUGCAUGAUAUGCAUGAUAGCAAUUGCCUAGAAAUCGCCAGGGUCCUCGUUGAUGCUGGAUGCGAACGAGACGUUGUUGAAUAUUCACCUCUCAUAGAUCUCGCCAUCACCCACUCGCUCCCAUGUGUCACGCAGUACUUCCUUCGAGUGGGCAGUCCUAUCCGCAUAAAUCAUCCGGUACACGUCGCACUUAAUAGUCAUGUGCCUGAUAAUCCUGGACAGGAGCAGUGGGUCGAGCAGCUGCACGCAUGGCAGACAGACUGCCGAUUCCAGACUAUGCAGGCCCUUAUCGAAGCUGGACAUGAUGCUAAAAGUAGAGACUCAGUGGGACAAACACCGCUUAACAUCGCCAUCCAGAAGCGAAUCCCAUCUGCAGUCAAUUAUCUCCUCAAAAAACUCGGUCGUGGACAGCUUGAUUUCUUCUGUGGAAAUGGACUAGAAGAACACAAUGCGGAGGUCAUUGCGACACUACUUCAGAGCAGCACCCCACUCCAUGCUUUGAUUCGCAACGUAUUUACAGGUCCUGUUAGCAUUCAUGACUUCUGUUUUUCAAGCAACGGGAUGCACGGUCCUUUCUGCGAACGAGACUGUGGGGAGAUACUCCUCAUUCUCAUCGACGAGGGCUUUUCGGUCAAUGCUAUAGAUUCAUCAGGACACACGCCCCUCCGUAUUGCCAUUCAACGCCAACUCUUCCUCGUUGUUGAAUAUCUUCUUCGACGUGAUCCAAUAUGUGACGUCGACGAUGUCAUUGCUGCUUUCAGCGUCCAAACUCAUGCGGGGCAGUACCUUCUUCAAAAAUACGUGUCGAAUAUGGACCCCUUGCAUACCCUGAUCUCACGGAUGCACUCGAACCACAAUGGCGUGGAUGAAGAUGUUUACCUAGCAAUUACGAAGGGCCUCGUACAAGCUGGCUGUGAUGUCAAUGUGCGGAAUGGCAGUGGGAUAACUCCUCUCCAGCAUAUGAAUAAACUUGAAGUCGAUCAAGGAUACCCUGUAGUCAAGUAUUUUCUAUGCCAGGAAGGAGCACUGUAAUGUUGUGACGGUUUAGUUGUUUGGAGUUUCUCCGAUGAUGAAGAUGAUGUCGAGACUGUAACAGAUUAUGGUAACCUACAUAUAUGAUAUAUUUCCUUGUAUCUUGCUACAGCUUUCAAUGUACAACACGACCCCCUCCUUCGCACAGCUGACAGUCAAUAAUGGCUGUACAGGGUGUUCAGAGGUCGAUAGAAGCACUCGGCUUACUAUACACGUUCCGAGAAGAAGCCA